AUGGUGUCUUCACUGCGACUAGGCCAAUUCCUCCGAGGCCACAACGGAGCGUACACGAUUGGCAAACAACUCCAAGAGACUGUUUGGCUCGCGAAAAUUGAAAGCAACCAAUCAGUAAUUGUGAGGAGUGUCCAUCGUUUUCGUCUUCAGAAUGAACGUGACGUUCUCAAGCAUUUCCAAUAUCGUACACCCUUCAUUCGACCUUUGGUUGAUGAGCUUGUCGAGCCAUCUGAUCCACCAGCCAUAAUCAAAUACGUUGCGAGGGGAACAUUAGAGGCCUUGAAGGUCCUUCAUGAAGAUAACUUUGUGCAUACGGGUUUGUGUAAUAUUAAUAUAGAUACAAAGCCCGACAACGUUCUCUUGAACCACGGCCAAGGAAAGCACACGCUUUUCGAAGUCCAGCUAGCAGAUUGUGGGAGCACUGUUCCUUCGGAUUCAGCUUAUGCAAGAGAUGGCGACCUCAUCGGAGCACCUAUAAGGAGGAGUCCUGAAGCUCAUUUCCAAAAUGGCUGGGGCACAGCAACAGAUAUAUGGUCAUAUGGUGCAUUGCUUGUAACCUUGGUUUACGGAGACAAUUUCUUCCUCUUCAAACCAGACGUCCCAGCAGACCAUGAUGAGUACGAGCUGAAGAUUCUCCAGAGACAAUGUGAGUUCUUUGGGCCGUUUCCUUUGACGUAUCGCGGGAUCUGUCCGCAGGAGACCUUGGAUAUGCUGGCGUAUAUUACGCAAAGCAUUCCCCCUGAAAAGAAAAAGCCGUUUGCCAGGAUUUCGGAGAAAGAGGUUUCUAAGGAGGACAAGGAGUUCAUUCUGAAGAUCAUGACGCUUGAUCCGAGAGAUAGGCCUUCAGCCGCAGAGCUUUUACAAGAUGAGUGUCAUGACAAAUUAUAA